AUGUCUCUGGGGCGACUCCUCCGACGUGCCUCUUCCAAAGCUUCCGACCUCCUGACCCUGAACCCUGGCGGUGGCACCAGCUCAUCCUCCGUCCUUGAUGGGGAGAUUAUCUACUCGAAGAACAACGUCUGCGUCCACCCACCUGAGCUGCUCCAAGGCAUCGGGGAGCACCAUCCAGGCUACUUGUGCCUGUACAUGGAGAAAGAUGAGCUGCUGGGAACCACGCUCAUCCUCGCCUGGGUGCCGAACUCCCGCAUCCAGCGGCAGGAUGAAGAAGCCCUGCGCUACGUCACUCCCGAGAACUCCCCUGUCCGCAAAGCUCCCCGCAAGCGCGGCCGCCACGCUCAGGGAUUCGGCGUCGUCCGGCAGGCUUCCCCCACCGAGCAGCGAGGGGCGGUGAUCCCGAAAGAAGAAGACAUCCUGACUGUGUCACAGCUUGAGGAGCAGAACAGGUCGGAGCUAUCGGCGGAGGGGAUGGAGGAAGGUCUGGACUGCCGGCCAGAGCCGGGGGAGGACGAAGGCUCCUUGGAGCUGUCUGCUGAUGACGUGAGCAGGGACAGUACCUUUGACUCUGAUUCCGAUGCCUUCGCUUCUCCCUUCUGCCUCUCCCCAAUUAGCGAAGCCCUUGGGAAAAGCAGCAGUUCUGUGUUUCUGGACAACGAGAGCAG